AAAACAAGAGAUACGGAUGGAUGACUGUGACUGUGAGUCUGUGAGAAGUGUUACAUUGCGGUUCAGUGCGUGUCGGAAAAUUGGAACAAGAGGAAGAGCGAAACACAAAAAUGGUAGACAUUCCUCGAGUGAAGCUUGGAAGCCAAGGCCUCGAGGUUUCCAAAUUAGGAUUUGGGUGCAUGGGUCUAUCCGGAGUGUACAACUCUCCUCUUCCUGAACAGGACGGUAUCUCUGUGAUCAAGUAUGCUUUCAACAAAGGGAUCACCUUCUUUGACACAUCCGAUGUAUAUGGACCCCAUGUAAAUGAAAUUUUGGUCGGAAAGGCGCUCAAGGACUUACCUCGAGAUCAAGUUCAGAUUGCCACAAAGUUUGGGAUUGUCAAAGUUGAAGCUGGAUCUGGUAAUAUUAUAGUGAAUGGUACACCUGAGUAUGUUCGGUCCUGUUGUGAGGCUAGCCUCCAACGUCUUGGGGUGCAAUACAUUGAUCUCUAUUAUCAGCACCGUAUUGACACCACAGUGCCCAUUGAAGACACUAUGGGAGAACUUAAGAAGUUGGUCCAAGAGGGAAAGAUAAAGUACAUAGGAUUAUCUGAAGCUAGUCCUGACACAAUUAGGAGGGCACAUGCUGUUCAUCCCAUCACUGCUGUGCAAAUGGAGUGGUCUAUUUGGACUCGUGAAAUCGAGCAAGAUAUUGUUCCACUUUGCAGGGAACUUGGGAUUGGAAUAGUACCAUACAGUCCCCUUGGCCGUGGAUUUUUCUGUGGCAAGGCUGUCAUAGAAAGUGUGCCUGCAAACAGUUUUCUGGCAUUCCAACCAAGGUUCCAAGGGGAGAACUUUGACAAGAACAAGAUCUUCUACUCUCGGCUAGUAAAGUUGGCAGAGAAGCAUGGAUGUGCAGCUUCACAACUUGCUCUUGCAUGGAUUCUUCAUCAAGGAGAUGAUGUGGUACCCAUCCCUGGAACAACUAAGAUAAAAAAUCUUGAAAGUAAUAUUGGGUCAUUUGAAGUGAAGCUGAGCGAAGAGGACUUGAAGGAAAUUGCAGAAGCAAUACCAAUAUCUGAGGUGGCUGGGGAGCGAACUUCUGAUGCUUUAGUUAGAUGCUCAUGGAACUUUGCUGAUACUCCACCAAAAGCAUAGCUAUACAGCAGUUAUGCAACUCAGCGUUCAGAUGGUUUUUAUUAUUAUCUAGUUUCUGGUUUCUACGCACGCCUCCAAAAGUUAGUCAUAUAGUCAUCGAAGGAUAAGAGCUGAGGACAUAUGAGUUGGAGAGGGGAAGGUCUAGGGAUCAAUCUUUGGAAGGGGAAUUUAAAUACUUUCCGAUGAACCAAAAAAAAAAAGUCUUAUCUGAAUAAAACUGUUGCUCUUUUGUGUGCUUAAUUAUGUUUAGAUUAAAUGAUGAGAGAGAGUGUGUGUGUGUGUGAUCUGAAUCCAAGAUUUCCUAUCAUGGUUACCAGCAAUUUUGCUGAAGGAAAUAUUUUCUUCACACCUUGCUUAAACAUGGUUCGGUUAAUGUGAUGUUCCCCUAAUUCCCUGUUUA